AUGCCCGUCAUCAACACCAAGGAGCCCGCCUCGGCCGUCGCCGCCGCCCUCAAGGCCGAGGCCAGCGAGGACAAGCCUGCCUACCUUGUCGUCUACGCCUCGCACCGUAACGGCAAGUCGUGGUGCCCCGACUGCACGGCGGCGGAGCCGUACAUUGAGAAGAAGUUUGCCGGGGAUGAGGGUACCGUCAGGGUUGUCUACGCGGGGUUGCCCGAGGAGUGGAGGACCAAGGAGAACCCGUGGAGACAGGAGCCGUUCAACGUGACAAACCUGCCUACCUUGAUCAAGGUCUCUGGCGAGAAGAAAUGGGAGAAGCUUGUUGAGGCAGACGUCUACAACCAGAAGAAGCUUGACGCCUUUGUCAGCCGCUUGUAA